AUGGAACUCCAAGAAACUGGGAACGUGGGUGUCCCAAAGUACAAGAAGACGGAUUAUGAUACAACAGAAGAGGAAAUUCAGCGUAUUGCAUGCAAAGAAAAUGGAAAAAAUAGCAGCAAGAGAUAUGUACUAGUCUGUUCCAUCUUUGCCUCUCUAAAUUCUGUGAUUCUUGGAUAUGAUGUUGGAGUUAUGAGUGGAGCAAUAUUAUUUGUUCAAGAAGAUUUAAAGAUUUCUGAGUUACAAGUAGAAGUCCUUGUCGGGAUUUUGAGCAUAAUUUCACUGGCGGGUAGUCUAGCAGGGGGUAAAGCAUCAGAUGCCAUUGGUAGAAAAUGGUCUAUGGCAUUUGGGGCCAUUGUGUUUCAAUCUGGUGCUGCUAUUAUGGCUCUUGCUCCCUCUUUCGAGGUGCUAAUGGUCGGAAGGAUUUUGACUGGGAUUGGAGUAGGCUUUGCAGUGGCGAUUGCACCUAUAUACAUUGCUGAGAUAUCCCCUAGUGUUGCUAGAUGAUAGGGAUCAUUAACCUCCAUCCCCGAAAUUUCCAUUAAUUUUGGGAUCCUGCUUGGUUAUGUUUCAAAUUAUGCCUUCUCAGGACUGCCCGUACACACAAAUUGGAGGAUCAUGCUUGCUGCUGGGAUUCUCCCUUCAGCUUUCACCUGUUUUGCUCUGUUUAUCAUCCCUGAGUCUCCGCGGUGGCUAGUAAUGCAAAGCAUGACUGCCAAAGCCAGGUUGGUGCUUCUCAAAACAACAGAAAAUGCAAAAGAAGCAGAGGAGAGAUUAGCUGAAAUACAACUAGCUGCAGGGCUCGCCAACGCUGAAAACCACGAGGAGAGAUCUGUAUGGCGUGAAUUACUAAAUCCGUCACCCGGGGUUAAACGGAUGCUCAUUGCAGGUUGUGGAAUUCAGAUUUUCCAACAAAUCACAGGAAUGGAUGCGACUGUGUAUUAUAGUCCUGCAAUCUUUAAAGAUGCCGGGGUCAAGAGCAGUUCGAAACUUCUUGCUGCAACAGUUGCUGUGGGGUUUACCAAAACAGUCUUCAUCCCGAUACCUAUUUUACUUAUUGACAAAGUAGGUAGAAAACCACUUCUUUAUGUGAGUACAAUUGGAAUGACUGCCUUUUUGUUCAUUCUGGGAUUAACUCUCUCUUUCCUGGGGAAUCGUCCAGUUGGGAUAAAGUUGGCCAUUCUCUGUGUAUGUGGAAAUGCAGCAUUCUUCUCAGUGGGAAUUGGUCCAGUUUGUUGGGUUUUGUCCUCUGAAAUCUUCCCUCUGAGGCUACGAGCUCAAGCAUCCUCCAUUGGGGCUGCGGGGAGUAGAGUCAGUAGUGGCCUGGUUGCCAUGUCUUUCCUAACCAUUUCUCAUGCUAUUACAGUUGGUGGAACCUUUUUCGUCUUUGCAGCAAUUUCAGCUCUUUCUGUUGCUUUUGUUUACAAGUGUGUCCCAGAAACGAAGGGGAAAUCACUAGAGCAAAUUGAAAAGCUUUUUCAGACUGAUAAGCACUGGAAAGGAGGCGAAGUGGAGCUUGGAGAUGUUGAGCAUCUAGUGCAGAAGCAAUGAUACUGGCUUGAAAAGCAAAUAUACACCAAUAAAUUGCUUUUGCCUCACAAACACUAGUGAGAAACUACAGAACCAAAGCUGAAUCUACUUUGUAAUGAAGCCUCAGCUGCUUUAUCAUAUUGCAUAUUGUCUUUUUUCUCAAAAUCAUGUUUCACAUAAGCCUGAUUUUUGU